UUUAAAGCACCUAGUCAAAUAAGAUGUGGUCAAUUGAGUAGUUACAAAGGAAGGAAAAAGAGAUAACUUUAGGUAUACGUAAGAUGACCAACCAAGGAGAGUACUAUGGUUAAAUGGUCAGUUAUCUCAAAAGAGUCGAAGAAAUCUUGGAAGAACUAGGGAAGACCGGCCGCAAGAUGAUCCCAAUUGUUUUAAUUGUUUGGGGUUGCCGUUGAAGUAUAUAGCCAGAUGUCGUUGAGGAAGGCUAUCUUGGAUAUGAGCCCAUUGCGAAAGAGUUCAAGGUAUUGUCAAUGGAAAGUUCCCAUUCAAGUGGGAUCUCUAGGCAGCACCGUGUCCGGACAUUAGGAACCAAGUAUUUGUCAUGGAGGUUGGUCGAGUGUUGCGUACCACAUUUUUCUUCUAAUAAGUGGAUAUGCAUCAGUGGUGUUCUCUACUACACAGCUGCACAUAUCUUUUCGUCCUUCAGUUCCAUGCUAGUUUGUUUUGAUUUGAGGUCUGAGAAGCUCAGCUUUGUGAACUUCAUGGAAACUUUCAAUGGAGCAAUGCAUCAUUCAACUAUAACGGUAAACUACAAUGGCAAGUUAGGUUUGCUUAUGUCUAGGUAUUCUCCUGAUGUUAGUCGAGCAAGUACAAGUCUUGAGCUGUGGGUUCUACAAGAUGCUGCAAAACAUGAGUGGUCCAAGCAUGUCUACGUAUUACCACUCAUGACUGGACGGGUCGGGGCGUUACAGGUUGGUACAAAUGAAAUCGUCUUCUCCCCGAACUACCAAAGAGUGCCUUCAUAUGUCAUCUACUUCAACGUGGAGAGAAAGACGAUCACAAAAGUUGGAAUCCAAGGAAUGGAAGCUUUUCAUGGUAAGAGAUUCUACAUUUAUCUCAACUAUGUUGAGAAUGUGAAGAUUUUUUAAGCUUGAAAUUUCAAGUGAGAUAGCUCUAGUUUUUGUUUUGUGUGUUUCUUCUUUUAAGAAUCUCGAGUUACAAUAGAUGAUGAUAAUUCAAUUAUUAAGAAACUUGAUCCAAUCUGAGAUGUUU